CGGCGUUUCUUGAGGACUGCCAGAAGGCAUGGGGAAAGACGCUCCUUGGCUGGGCCAGGGGUGCAACCUGUGGCACGAUUGAAGGAGUCACCUGUGACUCUUCAGGCAUGAUUACCUCGAUAGAUUUGACAAGUACAACUCUUGAUGGGUCUAUCCCUAAUAGCAUUUCCUCGCUCACUUCAUUGAAAACACUGGCCAUGUCUAAUUGUGGGCUCAAAGGGUCUAUUCCAGCUGAAAUUCUAAGCCUCGUUUCAUUAAAGAUCUUUAAUGUGACAAAUAAUCAGCUCAACGGACCCAUUCCAGCCGCAAUUGGAAAGCUCACCAAUCUGAACGAACUAUCUGUCAGAAAGAACGCAUUGAAUGGCUCCAUUCCUGACAGCAUCGUGUUUCUCAGCGGACUAAAUUUUUU